AUGGCGCCCAAGAGGCAGGCGGGGGCGGCGGGGCGGCCGCUGCCCGAGCGCGUGCGGUUCCUGCAGCGCGAGUUCUCGCUGCUCGAGGCGCUGGUGCGCGCGUGCGAGGGGCGCGCGGCGCGCGCGGCGCGCGAGAACGGGCACCUGGAGCGCCAGGCGCUGCGCCUCCGCGACGAGAACCGCGCCUACGCCAGCUUCGGGAGCGCCAGGGCGGCGGCGCGCGGGGCGCAGGGCGCGGUGGGCCUGGCCGAGCAGAACCGCGCCGACCUGGAGCGGCUGCGGGGCCAGCGCGCCGAGCUGGAGCGGCUGUACCGGGGCCGCGAGGACGCGGUGCGCGCCCAGCUGCGGGCCAUGGAGGCGCGCGCGGAGCGCAUGGCGCAGCAGGUGCAGGACCUGCAGCCCUUCAAGGCGCUGCAGCUGGAACAGCUGGCGCGGAUCCGCGCGCUGGAGCGCGAGCUGCUGCACAAGCGCGUGGAGCACACGCAGCUGCUGCACCGCGUCAAGCGCCGCUUCCAGGACGACCGCCUGGCCUGCGAGCGCGAGGCCCGCCAGCGGGUGCAGUCCCUGGGCCGGCGCGCCGAGCGGGAGGCCACGCGCGCCCUGAUGGCGCACACGCAGGCCGUGCGCGCAGAGAACGGGCGCCUGCGGCUCGAGCUGCUGCGGCUGCUGCGCCGCGCCCAGGUGCUGCACGACAUGCGGCGCCAGCUGUUGCAGCAGCGGCAGCAGCUGCGCCAGGAGCACGACGACGUGCGGGACCUGGCCCGCUUGCACAGCUGGCUGCGCAGGGGACCCGGGGGCCCGACGCUCUGGCAACCGCCCCCGCCGCCGUCCCCACCACCGCCGGCCCUCAGCCCGCACCCCAGCCCGGUGGACAGGGGCCCGGCGCCCAGGGUGUCUCUCUCCGUCUCCUCCUCCCUCUCCUCCAACGCCUCCUCUCCGCGCUGGACGCCUCGGGCCCUGCUGCACACCCCGUCCCUGGGCCUCGCGGACUCGCUGCGUCACCUGUCCGACUCUUCCGUGCCCAGGGCGCUGUCGCCCUUCUCCUCCAAGGCCGCCUCCCUCGUCCAGUUCCGUGCCAGCUCCCGCAACCUGUCCUUGCCUCGGUCUCAGCCCAGCUCCCCCGUCCUCUUGUCCUCGGUCCCCAGCUCGCCGGGCCCCUCCACGCAGUCCCGCUUCAGCUCUCAGGUCUCCUCCAAGCCCUCCCAGAACUCGCUCCCAUCCGGCAGGGCUGCUGGGCUGCCCGCCACAGGCACCAGCAGCCCUGAGCUUCGUGGCCAGGAGUCCAGGGAACAGGAGCUGGCUGCUCAUCCCUGGACCUACGUGGGGGCUGUGGGCUUCUGGGGUUGCUGCAUCCUGCCACCCAGGGGCCUGCAGGUAGCUCUGAAGCCUACUCAGGGGCCGGACAGUCUGCUAAAGGGGCGGCAGCACGAACCUUAUGAGCCCAUUUCCAUGGAGUUCCAGAACAAGAACUACAAGACCACCUUUAACUAG